CCGUUCCACUACCUCCUUUUGUUGGCGUACCACCUUAACCUAUAAACAGUGAUUUUGAUGAGGAAACAAUAAUUAUUUAACGCCAUUGAAAAUGGGAAAACGUAAAGGCGAAGAAAGUUCAGAGGAUCAUUUAGAGACUGGUUCUUUGCAUAAAAAAUCAAAGCACAAACAUAAAAAACACAAGAAAAAACGAGAACGCUCAUCGUCAAACAGUGAAGAAAUAGAUGUAGUUGGUUUUGAUAUGAAAAAGGAAGGAACAGCAGGUUUUGGAUCAUUGAAAUUGAAGAUCAAGUUUGGAGGAGAAACAGUAUCAACAACUCAAUUUAUAAAUGUGAAAGGAAAGGAGCUGAAGACAGAAGAGCCUCAGACUUACAAAGAAAGCAGCUUGUACACCCAAACAAAACUUGCUUCUAUACAGAUAGUGGAACCGAAUAUUGAAGAAGAAAAUGAUGAUGAUCUUGAUGAUUAUGAUGAUGUAGAAGGAAGUGAAGAUAUCAACAUCAGUCACAAUGAUGACUCUUUACAACAAGGUCUCGAGUACAACGAGUUUGCAGAGGACUUGGACGAAUCUGUCUCUGACGUCAUUUCCCAAGAUUCAACUAUUAAAGAAGAUGAUGACGAUGAAUCGAAGUGGCUGGAUGCGCUGGAGUCUGGAGAGCUGGACGACUAUGGGAGAUUGAAGAAAGAGAAAGACGUCUCAUUGAUGACGGCGAGACAGAGGGCGCUGUAUGGACACCUGGUUGAAGGAGAGACAGAACUUCUCGAGCUGCCAACAUGGGCAAAAAGGAGAGACGAAAAUUCGGAGGAAGCACAGUUAAGAAGAAAACAGAGAGCAAAGAAGAGAAAACAGCAAAUGCAGAAACAGAUCGAAGAAACGAAGGCGCAGACGAUUGACAAACUGUUGAAUAAGCAAGCAGCAAAAGCAAGGAAGGAAACAAAGCUGUCCCACAAAAACAGGAGACAUGGAACACACAUCAAGUAUGCAAAUGGUCCGAAUGGCAUCAGCAUUUCCUUAUCCAAAGGACUUGAUUUCCCGAUGAAAGCCCAGCCCCCGAGAGAGCCACCAAUGUCGGUGAAGUGUGCCGUCGAUGGCUGCUCAAAUCAGAAAAAGUAUGCUUGCAGUAGGACAAAACUACCUGUGUGUGGAAUCGACUGUUACAAGAAAGUGCAGCAACUGGGUCAACCAUUGCAAGUAGCGAGUUGAUUGGUGUUUGUUUGUUAUCACAAAUUAUUAUUAUAACGAGUGCCAUGUACACGCAUUUGAAAGUGUUACCCCCGUCAAGUCCUUCAUCUUUAUGGGGUUUCCUGAGAAGGCGUUCUGCACCCGUGGAAGACGUUCUUCAAUGAUGAACGAAGAAAUUGGCGUUGCUGAAUGGUAGAGAUUCUUCCGGUCUGUAAUUUCACCGAAAAAGAGUCGUUUGCGGGCAACGCCAAAGAUUUUUUAUGUGUACAGAACAAAAUACCUUUAAUGUUUCCAAAUGGCAUUUCAGGAAUUGGCCUCGUUUUACAUAAGCAUUUUAUGGAUGCGAGGCCAAUUGUUAUGCGGUGUUUCUGUAGCUCUAUUUGUUAAAGAAAAGAAGAAGAUGAUGUAAGGGGAGUGUAUCAAUUAAUGCUUGUGCCUGUAUUGCUGUCUCUGAAUUGGGAAAUUCUUGCUUCUUGAUACCUAAUUUCUUCGUCUUCGCAUCGGCUGCUAGUUGAAAUCGGAGCAACACGUCAUAGAAGACAGAUUUUGCGCCUUUAACGUACAUGAAAAUUUCACCAGCUAAUUUACGUUUAUUCUAUAAUAAAUUCAAAAUGACAAACAAUGUACUAAAAUAUGGUCGAGAAAUUGGGCAGUGUCUGUCGAUAAAACGAUAAAACGAAAAAGUUUGCUCUUGAAAGAAACAGUAACAAAUCUUUAUAUGGAUGGUAAUAUGCAUUGGCAAUAUGCAAAAGGAAGGAAAUUACCACUUAAGUACGUCCAUCAAUUACCCAGCAAAAUCAUUCAGUUCCUGUGCUGCUGUUCCCAAAGUAUCUAUUUUUGCUCUUUAUUUAUGUCUUUCAUUUUUUCUCUGUAUUACUUUUUCUGUUUGCCCCGUUCUUUAUCUGCUGCGUGUGUGUGAUAGCUAGAAACAUAUAAAACAAAGCAUGCAUGUUGUAAGAGUAGCCCACUCGCUGUACCGUAAUAUGACGGGUUUAGUGCUUGAUAAGUUUUAUCUUUGAUGGGUUUUAUGGAAAACUCAUAUCAAGCCCAGUCAUACAAAGACUUUAUCUACCUGACUGAAAAUUUCAAACCAAUAAAAAUAGAAAUUGGUCAUUUUUCGCAUUCACAACCUUGGUAUGGAAAUUCAGUGGCACUCACUGUUCCGGUCUGCAAUAUCAUAUAAAAUUAUAAUUUGUCACCAAUAUUGACCAAUUUCCAUAACCAAAUUUGGCUGCAAUACUGUAUUCAUGAGGCUCUGGUACCCGGGGUACAAAUCACUCUAUAGUAGAAAUUGGUAAAUCCUUACUCAAAAGUGAAUUGCACCUCGAUAAUAUGGAAAGUACUUUCGUUCAGGUAAUUUAUGUCUCUAAGAAGUUCCUAUCACCUUUCGGUUUUAACCACAGCUAAAUUUUUAAAAAUUUUCCGACAACAAUGAUUUUGCCGAAAAUCCGUAAAAUUUUGAAACAAGAGGGGUCACAGCCCCCCUGCCCUCCUGCCCCCCGGCCACGACGCCCCUGGAGGUACGAGCUUCGGCGGUAUCUGAUCCUCUCCAGUAGAUUUCUUUCCAUCCAAGAUUUCUUUCCUUUCCAUCCAUUUCUUUCCUUUCCAUCCAUUUCUUUCCUCUCAAGCAGAUUUCAAUAGUUCCAUAAUUUCUUGAUUGUUUGCUUCUUGAAAGGAAAAUUUGUUGAUUUUUAUUCAUGAUUUUGAAUGAUAGCUAGGAAGCUAUGGUGGUUUUUAUACUUGUUCAGAAUAAAUCGAACAAUUUGGCGGUCAUCAGAAAUUCCAGUAUCAUUAGCGAGGUUAACGGGCUUCUUACCGCUGGAUUUCUCAACUAUGUUUACAUAGUAAUCAUUAAAGAUCUCUGUCAGUUUUUGAUCAUUUGCUAUAACAGUGUCGUUUUUCACAAGACAAAUAUCGCUAUUAUUUGAAAGAAAAGGUUUUACGAGGUCCCAGAAUUCUUUAUUGGAAAGUGUACCAUUUUUCGCCACUUUCAAGUGGUUUUCAUGGCUUUUUUCUUAGAGAAACACAUUUAUUACGCUGCUUUUUAAAUUUCCUUCUAUUUUCUUGGGUAGGGUUUUUAGAAGUCUUUUUUGAACCUUGAUCUAGUGUAAAUUGCCUUCUGUAAUUGUUGACUCAUAAAAGGGGCAGUAUUUCCUCUCUGAAUCUUAGUUUUCAAAGGAGCAUAUUUGUCAAUAAGUUUUCGGAGCGCAGAUGAAAGAUUCCUAUAAGACAGAUCUGCAUCAUUCGAGUCUGCUUUGAAGUCAGUAUUCCUCACAUCUUGCAAACAAUUUUCUGAGUCAAAAUUUUUAUAGCUACGGUAUUUAAUAAUCUUAGGUUUUAGGCGAGGUAUGUGAAUUUUCAUUACAGUUAAAAUCAGACCAUGAAAGUCACUUAGGCCAGUUUCAAAAACUGACAUAUUUUGAAAAUAUCUAGGUUUAUUUGUGAGCAUGACAUCGAUUGACGAACAAUUAUUCUUCGUGAAACAGGUUUUAUCCUUUACCAAAUUAGAUAGUCCAAAAACAUCACAGAACGAAAUUAACUUUGUGUAUCCUGGAUGAUGAAUAUCACGAGUAGCAAUGUUUAUAUCACCCACAAUCAUAACAUUAUCAUAUUUAUAUAAUGCUGAAUCUAAAGAGGAAGACAGUUCAGGUUGACAGAAGAGUACUUCCAGGUUGGCUAAAAGAUGCUAAUAAUAGCCCAUCUCUUUUUGACCCCAUCUUUCGGACACUCAAAAGUAGAAAAUCUUUUAUAGACGACCCCUUUCCUAAUAAAUUGCAUCAGGCCCCCGCCAAAUUCAUUCCUAUCACGACGAAUCGGUUCUUGGUAGUUAUUCAUGAAAAAGGUCUCGGUUUUGAAAUUUAGUUUUGUUUCUUCUACUACCAAAAUAUCAGGCAGGCAUCUUUCCAUCACCAUUCUCAUAUCAAUUAUUUUGUUUCGGAGACUAUUUAUAUUUAAAAAUCCAAUUAUAGGAUUAUUUGGAAUUUUAGUUCUCAGAUUAAAGAUAAAAUAUUUUGAUGCGUGGAUCCGAUUGAAGAUGCAGAAAAUGAAAGAUCCGCACUUUUAUCAGAAACCCUUGAGGUAAGAUUGGAUGGGGAGGAAGGUGGAACGAUUGAGGCAGGUGACUCACUCUCAGUUUGAGAUGGCGAAAUACUACCUAAGGUUGGACUUAAAGGUUUUGAAUGUUCAUCGUUUUGGUUCUUUUCUGAAGAAUCUGGUGAAAUACCAAGGUCUAGUAGGCACGUUAACGUAUCAGACAUUAAACAACCUGAAAAUAAAAUGUGAUCAGGACUUACAAAUUCGUUACCUUCAUUUGAUGACUUCGAUAUGCGCGAAUAAGAAAUACGUUCACAUAGUCAAACAGCAUUAAGGUAAUUUACAAAACUGCUCCCUAAAACAUUUGUACCUUCAUUUUUUACCUUCAUUUUUUAAGUGAAUGCCAUCUUGGAAUAACAAAUAUGGCCAGCUUUCAUCCAAUGUUUCAUGUUUAAUAAACGAUAUCUGACUUCCUGCAAGGUGUUCUUCCAAAAGCGAAUUUACCGUUAGCCUUUUACCUUCCAUUAGGUCUGUGUCUCCUCGUGCCAAAAUGCUGGACACAGCAACGUUUCGGAUCAUUCUUUUCGAGUUUAUAGCAAGUCUGGUGAUCUUUUUCGAAAUUACAUCAAGAUCAUCUCUUCUUAAAUCAUUGCAACCGCAGUGAAUAAUUAGAUGAUCUGGCUCUCUCUUCAGCGUUGUUAUCUUCAGCGGGAUUAUAUAAGAUUCCAUAUCAUCGGUAGUUGCGCCUGGGAAAGUUUUGACGAACGUAUUCAUGUGUCUAACACUUCGAUUUAUUUUCUGUUUCCGAUUUUCCUUUUAUGAUUGAAUCACCGACUAAACUAACUGUUGGUCUUUUCCUGGUAAAACGUCGAACCUGUGUGGUGUUAGGCCGCGUUUUUGGCUGAGUUUUAACAGCUUUUCCAAAUCUUAGACUUUCGUCACUGGUUUCGACCGUCUGCGGUGGCAAGUCUAUUUGCACUUAAUUUUGUUGUGUUUGGUUGCAAAACUCUCCAGACCGAGGGGCGAAUCACUGCUUAAAAUCACGUACGCUCUCAAAAAUAAUCACACUUGAAUCACAAAUUAAUCACAUUAAUCACAAAAAAUCACAUUAAUCGCAUUAAUAUCAUAUUAAUCACAAAAAAUCACCAGUAACAUUAAGCGCAAAUAUUUGAAUCUUUGGUCACGUAUAUUCGCCUAUGUAGUUGAAAAAAUUAAAUAACCGUUACAAGGUUUUCCACACUUUUAUGCACAUGUUUAAAACUCUGCUAACACACUCGAGAACAUGAGCAUAGAUGAAGGCCUCGCUCUCACGCCGCGGUCGCUGAAACAGCUACAAGAUGAAAUAUAAAUAUGUUGCCGAUUUUUAAGUACUUCCAAGAUGGGGCGUUGGGGCUAGGUGUGACACCCGGUGGGCCCCUUUCAAGUGAGUUUGUAAAACCCAUGACAAACAGACCUCUGUGAAAGAGAUGCGUGAAAUAUGAACAGGGCCGCCGAGAGGGGGACAAGGGAGUCUAGGGUUUAGGGGGCCUCUUAAAGCCAGGAAUUCCAAUAUAAGAACUAAAUUUUAACGAAACGCAACAAAAUAUACCUAAAAAGUUGUAAAACGCGGUAAACAACUGUAAAAGGUAUUCUACCAUGUAUUUCAAGCUAAUUUAUAUGGCGUGGCCCGAAAAAUGUUCUUGUUCGCUUCGCUCGCAGUCCGAAGUGUUUUGUCACGUUUGUGUUUGUAUCAAAUGUGCACUAUGUGCAAUUGUGCAUUGGAUUUGUUCCACAUUUUUUGCAGUCUUGAAGAGACUAUGGUUAGAGAAAAGAGGAUACACCCCAACAAAUGAAGCAAAUGAACCUUUAAAGUGAUAAAAACUGGCAUCUUUUUACUUUUCGUAGGUGCAUGGUUUCCUGGUACGUACCAUUUUUUGCGACAUAUGGUUUUUGAUUGGAGAUGUCAUACAAAUGAGCAGGCCAUCUUAUGAUCAUUUUCUCCCGGCCAUUUUCUAGGGGCCCAACGUCCCUGUUCUAUACUCAUUCCCCGUUGAUUGCUGAUCUACGUAACAAAACUCUCUGCCAAACUGCCAUGAUAGGUUGUCAUUUCAUUCAUGAAAUACUGUUUAAUUUGACCUAUGACUUGGCUAAACCAUUAUGUAUUUUCGUUUUAUUUAUGUAUCUUGCCCUAUGUCGCCUCUUCAAACGGGUUUGAUUGCACAAAAACCUAUUUGAAAGCACUUUCGAAUAUGUGAUUAAUUCUUAAAAAGUCACGAAUAAAUCACAAAUUUCACUUUAAUCACUAAAAAAUCAAAUUAUUCACAAAUUAAUCACUCGUGAUUUUUAAUCUUGUACACCAUUUUCAGUAGUGAUUUGCCCCUCGCUCCAGACGAAUUUGAACGAAUUUCAACGGCCUCCGUAUGUGUAAAGGUCUGCGUUUUAUUACUUUUGGCGAUUCAUGUUAAGGGUUACUUUUGUCUGUGGCUGUUUGGCGAUUCAAAUUUACAGCGUCAGUGUAUCUAUACUCCUCCGGUACAAAAAUUGGUUUUAAGGAUUCAUAAGGCUAAUUGUUUAUAACUUCAUAAUCUUCAAGUUGAAUCUGUCUGCAAUCUUGAAAGAAAAUGCUGACGAACAGUGCGCUUCUGGAAGUGCCAUAAGCCAUUUCCCGAGGAAAGGCCCUCUCUUUCUGGAUCCAAAGUGCUAAAGCGUGAUGUAGACUUCGAAUCAUCUCUUGAGAUUGUCUGUACUUAUUCAAAUACCUUCUUUCAGAAGUAUCGUCUUUUUUGUCGUGAUUCAAAAAAACAACUGUUUUAAGUCCUUUUUUUCUGAUCGUUAUUCUGAAUUUUUCCUGAUAGUUUCUUUUAAAUCAGCUAUUAUUAGUCUAGUCUUAAUGCUAUGAAUAAAUUUCAAACGAAACAAGUACAGUAAAAAAGCUGUGACCGCCAUGAGAGCUGAACUCAUACGAUAUUGUAUUUCUUUUUUUCAAACAUUUGUGUUUUGCAGUAUAACUUUUUGGCUACAGUUAGGCUCAAUUAAAUUGGUAAAUCGUCAACUAGCGACGAGCGAGUUAAUGCAGUGAAAAUUUCAAAAUAAUGUAAAACAGUAUCUUUGGUGAAAUCAAAUCAAUGCUAGGUAAAUGAGGAAGGCAGUUUUUAUAAUAAAAAGCAAUACAUCAUCCUUACAAGGCCAUUUUUGUCCAAAUUUACCUGAAAAUCUGCAAACUCUUAUGUCCUUCCUCGGCCAUCACAAAGACCUAACCUUAAAAUAAGCGAAUAUUUCUUGUUGCCAAUGAAAAUCAUUUGAUUUGAAAUCCACAAGGUUCCUUGAGGUCCAAACAGAAACUGACUUAGAGAGUUUAUUGAGAAUGAAACAGAAUUCCAGUGCAUUUCAUCAACAAAUUUUGUGCAUCAAUUCCAAAGCAAUUUCCCGCACUUAUCAGAGUUUGAAGCACAUCCACAAAAUGUUUGUUUAAUCAAAAGUAAUUUUCAAAAAUAAAAAAAUAUAUAUUUGAAUUUACGCUUCAUUGAACUUUCAGUUUUAUUUGCGCGCCAUUGACUCUUGUCAUGGUGGUGUAUUGUAAUAUUUUAUCUGGAUAUAAAAAUGGUACGAAAAAUUAGGGGCGUUGUGGCUCCUAGAAAAGAGCCGGGAGAAAAUGAUCAUAAGAGGGCCUGCAAUUUUGUACAAGGUUCAUUUGUUAUUAUUUGCUGGGGGUGUAUCCCCUUUUCUCUAACCAUAGUCUCUUUAAGACUGGAAUAAUGUGAAACAAAUCCAAUCCAAUGUUGCACACUCGAUUCCAAAACAGACGCGAUAGAGCACUUACAUGCACUGCGAACGCAACGAGCAAAAUAAUGCUGCGGCCACGCCCUUUGAAUUAGCUUGAAAUACAUUUCAUAAUGUUUUUGCAGUCGUUUACCACAUUUUACAAUUCUUAGGCAUACUUUGGAGCGUUUCAUUAAAUUUGGAAUUCCUUGCUUCAUUAAAUUUGGAAUUCCUUGCUUUAAGAGGCCCCCUAGAGCUCGAGGCCUUCGGGAAGUUUGCCCCUCCUUGUUCCCCUCUCAGCGGCCUUGUUCAUAUUCCAAGCAUCUC